AUGGACAGUCUGGUUUCACCGGUCGGACAGCAAUUAGUGGAAAGCGGGGUUCUAUGUUCCAAUUCAAGUUCUCCGAGGGGAAGAUCAAAUGGGGAUUUUGGAAAGACCUUAAAGAAGAAGAGGCUAUUUGGUGAAUUCAAAACGGGUGGUGGCAGAGGGUACCACAGAAGGAUAAUGGCUAACUUGAAGUUCUCAAUAACCCUUAUUUUCUUCUUGCUAGUUUCAGCAGCAGUAAUCGGAGCUCGUCCCGUCCCAGUCCGACCGAUAGUUGUUGCCCGAGAAGCACUGGAGGCUCAAAUAGAAAGACAGAAAAUGAUGUAUCAUACUAAUCAAGAACGGCCUGAACGGGUUAGUCCCGGAGGACCGGAUCCACAUCACCACUUUGAACACUUCAAAUUUCAAAACUCAAGAAUCAAGGGUUGA